AUGGGCGUAAAGUCACGGUCACAUUUGAUAGCUCAAACACGUAACAUGCAAAAUAAGGGUAGUUCGGCAUCCUGUCGUCUCAACCUCCUUCUUGACCUCAUCAUAGUGAUUGAUCUAUUGGUGUUAUAUCUUUUGCAAAAAAUCAAAAAUAAAAAUGUCCUUCCUAAACAUGUUGGUGAGCUUUGGAACGUACAAACCCUCAUCGUCAACACGCAACAGAUCAAUCUUGUUAUUCAAGUAGACAUAUGGAACAUGCCUCGGCUGAGGCUCCCCUUCGGGCAUCUGCACACUAACACGUCUGCUAAAUUGCCUACGCCUGUUUCCCCCAAAACUAGUAAAUUUUCUAUUGUAAAUCAAAGCCUGCAAACCCUCUCUACAAUUGCACCAGAAAGCUGCACGGAAGAUGUUCUCUCGAGGGCUCCAAACUUGAAAAAACUGGGCAUUCGUGGGAAAAUAUCUAAGCUACUAGAACCAAAUAAGUCCGAAUUGUUCAACAAUGUUAAGAAGCUGCAAUGUCUUGAGAACUUGAAGCUGAUAAAUGUUGGUCAAACAGAUCAGAAACAAUUACGCCUUCCUCCAGCAUAUAUAUUUCCGCCAAAGUUGAGGAAGCUGACAUUAUUAGGCACCUGGUUGGAGUGGGAUGAUAUGUCUGUAUUGGGUCAGUUGGAGUACCUUCACGUCUUGAAGCUGAAAGAGAAUGCAUUUAAGGGAGAGCAUUGGGAACCAAAGGUUGGAGGUUUUCGUUCCCUACUAGUGUUAUGGAUCGAAAGGACAGAUUUAGCUUGUUGGAUUGCUUCAGGCGAUCACUUUCCAAGACUUAAGCGUCUUGUUGUCGUAUCAUGUGACAAACUUCAGGAGAUCCCCAUUGGCCUGGCUGAUAUACGCAGCUUCCAAGUGAUGGAGUUGCAAAAUUCCACCAAACCAGCAGCAAAAUCUGCCCGGGUUAUACAAGCCAAAAAAGACAAGCAAACCGCUGCUAAAACCCAAAGAUUCGACCUUUCUAUAUUCCCUCCUGAUCUCUGA